AUGAUAAAACAUCAGUCGGUAGCUGUAUUGCUUCUUGUGGCGUUGGGUGCUCAAUCAACACCCAUUGAGCCCAUACAAAGUUUGGUUUACGAUGCGAACGGCCAUUUGCAUUUGGUCAACACGGAUCAGUUCAGCGAAGUCGACGCCGAUCUGGAACCACUUUUCAACGCCGAAAACGAUGUCAUUUUCAGCUUGUUUACACGUUCGAAUCCUCUGCACGGCCAGGUUCUAGAGUGGAACAACGCUGCCUCGGUACAGAACUCAAAUUUCAAUCCGUCUCACCCGACGCGGUUUACAAUUCACGGCUGGAAUGGUGAUGGCACCUCGGGAUUGCACAGUAAUAUUCGCAGUAAUUAUUUUACGGUUGGUGAGUUUAAUGUUAUCAGCGUGGAUUGGGGCGCGGGAGCUCAAACCAUCAAUUAUAUUACGGCAAGAAACCGGGUGGACGCCGUCGGAGAUGUUCUUUCUCGCAUGAUCAAUACGUUGGUGUCCGCAACAGGAAUCUCUCGCAACAGUAUUAGCCUGAUUGGCCAUAGUCUGGGAGCACACGCUGCUGGAAAUGCGGGAAAAUAUCAAAAUGGCCAAAUUCAAACGGUUAUUGGUUUAGAUCCAGCCGGUGUUCUGUUUUCGCUAGGACAGCCUGAUAUCAUGACCCCAAGUGAUGCUCAGUACGUCGAGGCAGUGUUUUCUAAUGCUGGAACGCUCGGAUUCGAUCUACCCCUGGGGGAUGCUAAUUUCUAUCCCAACGGAGGACGAUCACAGCCCGGCUGCGGUAUCGACAUAGCGGGCAAUUGCGCACACUCGCGAGCGCACGAGCUGUUUGCUGAAUCCGUUUCGACCACGGCUGGUUUCCGAGCGACCCGAUGCGCGUCACAUGACGAGGUCCUGCAGGGUGGAUGUACCUCAACCGGUGCCGGUGCGUUGAUGGGUGGAGAACCAUCCAACCAUGGUCGAGGAGUGAACGGGAUAUUCUGGUUUGCUACCAAUUCGGCGGUUCCGUUCGCUCAGGGUUGA